UCUCAGGAUGCUUCAGUAAGACGGAGUUAAUAAGACCGAGAUACGGAGUACUCGGAGUACUGUAUUAACCUUUCACCGCUUACCCUUCGUUCUUUUGCUUUGUAUUCUUGGUUACUCUGGACUAUCCGACAGAUCCUCAGCGAUCGACAUUCUCUUUCGAGUUAUACGGUAGUUUAUGUCUAUCAUUACAUCAUGAUUAUUAUCCCGUUAGAUUUACACUGGAGUGCUACAUAAAAGUAGUCCUAUCAAGAUUGCGGGGUUAACACCACACGAUUUUCAUGCAGGAGGUCUGAUCACUGCAAUACGAGACAUACAUCUAGAUGUCUUGACUGUCCCGAGUCAUUGAUUGGGUUACAAAAACACAUGAUAAGAUAGGGUUAUAUCACGAAGUCUAUCGGUCGGAGAGGUCAGAAACGUGGACUGAUGUAGUCGUGAGAUAAUAUGGACAUCAUCCGGGGGGGGGGGAAGAUGUGCCAUAUACUUCCCCUGUAGAGAAGUGCUCCGCAUUAUAGGAAGUUACUGUCCGUCGUACCAAGGGUAAGGGUACGCGGCUUGUGGCCAGGAAUGACGUGGGCGUAGCAUAUCCCGUCUCAACAAGCAACUUCCCACCAUUGUGUCAGUUUCUCAAAGCGAGAACCAAGCCAAUGAUACUGAUAAUCGACCACUGUGAGUUUACGGAGUAGUGAUGGACAAUGGCCACCGCGUACGAGUACCCCUGUGAGACGUUGUCGAAUCCACUCGGCGCAGAAUGCAAUUAACUUCUUUCAGCGGGAAUUAUGCUUCACACAGGUUCCCACUGGCAAGCCGAUGGACCGUGAUUUUUGCUUCAGUAGGCAUGGGAAAUCGAUAAUCACGUUUUCCAGACCGCUAUGGAAUGCGGAUCUCCCAGUAGUUCGAGGUCGGUUUGGUCAAGCCUCACUUACCCGGGAGAUGGCAUGCUUUCUGUGGCUUGGUCAUGGACCAGGUUCCACCGUCCUCGUCGGACAAACACUCUCAAUCAUGCUACUCCUCUGUAUUAUUAUCUUGUCGUUCAACAUUGAGCAUGGAUUUCGCGGCGCUAAAUACGGGGUACGAACUGUAGAUCAAGACAUUAGGGGGGAGGAAGAAUAGAGAGGGUGACUAGGG